AUGGCAAUGCUCACGACCGCUCCUCGCCUGCACGUCCGCCGGCCGUCCCCCACGACCACCGAGUUCACCGUGACGACGCUCCCGCCGCCGCGGCUCUCCCUCAGCCUGCUCCGCGCGCUGCUCGGCCUCGCCCGGCUCGUCCUCUCGCUGGUGACGCUGCUCCUCCUCUACGCGGCGUGGACGGCGAGCCCCCUCUCGGCGGGACGCUCCCUGGCCGCGCGGUCGGCCGCCGUCGACGCCUACGAGCGCUCCCCGGCCGGCGCGCUGGCCGCCGCCGCCGCCGCGUCCCUGCCACCCUGGCUGCUGGGCCCCGGCGCCGCCCUGGCCUUCUACCUGCUCGCCCGGCGGGUGCACCGGCACGAGAGCUUCCUCGUCCUGCGGGGGCUGGGCGUGCAGACGAGCGAGUCGCCCGCGUCGUAUCUCGCCGGCGCGGCCACGCGCUUCAUCCCCACCGAGAAGAUCCAGGACGUCUUCAUCACCGAGGCCUUCUGCGGCUUCCAGGUCCGGUACUACCUCGUCGUGGUGGUCGAGGGCGAGGAGGACUUGGUCGUCGUGUUUCCGGGCCUGCUGCCCAGGCGGAGCAUCGUGGAGGAGGUCUGGAGAGGCGUGAGGGAGUGCUUGUACGAGGCGCCCAGGAGGGAUGGCGAGCAGGCGUGA